AUGGCCGAAGCGACGAGGCACCUCCGCCGCUGCCGGGCGCUGCUCGGCGGCGCGCGCCUUCUCCUCCUCCUCCUCCUCCUCCUCCUCCGCCUGGCGGCGUCCGGGCACAGCCAGCAGCAGCCGGACCCCGCCGAUCCCGAACCGUCGCUUCUCCUCUUGCCGGCGGAGUCCGACCCGGGCGCGCUCGACGGCGGCGGCGCUUCGGGGAUCCUGGUGGCCAACCGGGGGCUGCGCGUGCCUUUCGGCCGCUCCGUCUCGCUCGACCCGUCGCGGGACUUGGUGCUGCGCGUGCAGCCGGGAGAUAAGUGCGUCCUGACGGUGCUGGAGAGCGGGCCGCCUCCCGCGCCUCACCGCCCUGGCGCGCUUUCCCCCAAGCGCUUCCCGUGCGACUUCGGCCCCGGCGAGGUGACCUACACGCACUACGGCUCGCGCAGCCCCGGCCGCGACCGCCUUAGCCUGCAGCUGCGCUACGAUUCCCCCAGCCGCACUCUCAUCGCGCCCUUCACGCUCGAGGCCGAGGUGCUCUCGCAGCAGCUGCGCCUGCUCAGCCGCAACCUGCCCCUCGCCGUGGAGAACCUGCGCGGCCUCAGCCCGCCCCUGGACGCCAAAGUGCUGGCCUUCGCCGAGGCGGGAGAGCCCGGCCGCCCGCGCCGCUGCCGCCUCACCGCCUUGCCUCACCCCGCGGGUAGCGGCAGCCACCUGCCCGCCUACGGGCGCCUCGUGGACUCCAGCGGGCGCCCCCUGCCGCCGGGCUACAGCAACGAUUGCAGCCGCUUCCUGGAGGAUGGCAUCCGCUAUGAGCACACGGCCGCCACGCCCUCGCCCAACCGCGACUACAUCCCCAUGCGGGUGGAGGUACUGGAGGAGGGCGACUCCCUGGAAGGGCCAGGCGAGCAGGAGUAUUUCCAGGUGGUGGUUCGCAUCCGGCCAGGUGCUGAGAACACCACGCCCAAACCGAGCUUUGUGGCUUUGCUCAUGAUGGAGGUGGACCAAUUUGUGCUCACCGCCAUCACCCCGGACAUGUUGGCGGCGGAGGACUUGGAGACCCCAUCCGACCUGCUGCUGUUCAAUCUCACCUCACCUUGGCCCAGCCCAGGUGGGCAGGACAGGACAGCGGGGGAAGACCCCCGGUUCCAGGGUUAUUUGAUAAGCACCGAUGACCCUAGCCGGCCACUCACUUCCUUCACUCAGCAAGAGGUGAGGGAGCUGAAGAUUGCCUACCAACCCCCCACAGUGGACUCUGACCGCGAGCGACUCUUCCAGCUUGAGAUGGAGGUGCUGGACCCUGAGGGGGCCUCGUCGGAACCCUUUGCCUUCGUGGUGGUGGUGAAGCCUAUGAAUACCUUGGCCCCAGUGGCUGUCUUUAAUCGAGUUGCUGGGCCCCAGAUGAUGCUUUUUGAAGGCCAGUCAAGGCCACUUUCUGGCAACCUUGAAAUCAGUGAUGAGGACAACCUGGAUGAGGUGAAGGUUUGGGUUACAAGAGGAUUAAAACAUGGCGAACUCAGGGUUUUGGGUGCAUCGCCUGGUCGCCAGUUUUUUACUGCAGCUGAGUUGGAAGCUGGACGGGUGAUCUACCAACAUGAUGGCAGUGAGCACAGCUACAGUGAUAACAUUAUCUUCCGCAUGGGGGAUGGGCAACACCAAGUGGAGUUUCUUUAUCCAAUCACGAUUGCCCCUGAUGAUGACCAGCCGCCCCUCCUGAAUGCCAACACUGGCUUGGUCCUCAGCGAGCACCAGGUGGUCCAGAUCUCUCCCUUUGUCCUGAGUGCUACUGACAUAGACUCUGAUGACUCAACCAUUCGAUUUGUACUUAAGGAGGUUGAAGGGCUUCCAGGGACAUCCACCCAUCAACGUCUUGGUGAGCUUCUUCUACGUCAGCCAGAGAUUCCAUUAUCUUAUGAGAAGGAGGAAGAUGUGGAAGGGGAUCAUGGUGCUACAUCCUCCUGGCACUUUGUGGAGAGUGAAGGUGUGUAUGAGAAGGAGGUGACUGAGUGGCUGCAACAGGAUAUCUUGGAUGGAAAGUUGUUCUACAGGCACACAGGGCCUCAUAGCACGAACUUUGUGAUGGACCAGUUUGUAUUCUAUCUCCAGGAUGAUAACGACCCACCAAAUCAAUCGGGAGAGCAGGUGUUCAUCAUCAAGGUCCAACCAGUGGAUAACCUGCCCCCAGAAUUGUACCCAGGUACCACUUUGCAGAUGACUGUCCUUGAAUAUCAGGUGACCCACUUCAGAAAGCGCUACCUACGCUACACUGAUUUAGACACCGAUGACAGGGAACUGAAAUAUACAAUACUCACACCACCAACGGACACUGAUGAAAACCACCCUGUGUUGGCAGGAGAAAUUGUCUUGACUGAUAACCCUCUGGAGUCCAUUACACACUUCACUCAAGCACAAAUAAAUCAUCACAAGGUCGCCUAUAGGCCUCCAGACCAAGAGCUUGGCAUCACCCCUAGGGUGGUGCAGUUCACUUACAGUGUAGAAGACACAGCUGGCAAUUCCGUGAGAGGUACCUUCACUCUGUUUCUGCAGCCAGUGGAUAAUCAGCCACCACAGAUCACCAAUGCUGGUUUCAUGGUGUUUGAGGGAGGCCACUUCCUCCUCACCAGCAGUCAGCUGGAUGCCACUGAUAAGGAUACAGACACUGACCGAAUUGUCUUCACCUUAACUGAGACACCCCAGUAUGGCCACUUGCGCUACUUGGAGGAGGGAUUGAUGAUACAGGGUGAAUCUUUUCUAUUAGAUGACAUUGCUAAUGGUCGCAUAUCCUACAAGCAUAGUGGUGACGAGUACACAAGUGAUUCCUUCCAGUUGGAAGUAAGUGAUGGAGUCCAUCAAGUGCCAAUCAUUGUUAAAAUUGCAGUUCAGCCAGUGGAUGAUGAGCGUCCCAGCAUCACCAUCCCUGGUAGUAAUGGUCUUUUGGGAGCUUUUAUUGAUGUGCUGGAAAAUAGUGUUACUGAAAUAACUACUUCUCUGAUCCAGGGGACAGACGAGGAUACCGAUGAGCUGGCAUUAACUUUUAUUCUGGAGGACUCCCCCAAGCUAGGCGAUAUCUUAGUGGAUGGGGUGCCCUCUAAGAGUUUCACCCAGCAGGACCUCAUUAAUGGGGCGGUGGUCUAUGCUCACGUCGGGGGAGAGAUUGGUUUGAAAAAACUGUCUGAUUCUUUCAAUCUUACUAUCUCAGACCUCUCUAAUGAGUGGGUGGUGGGAGGCAGCACAGUAGAAGGGGUGCGUGUAACUGUGACUAUUUUGCCAGUGGACAACAUUGCUCCUGAGGUUAUGGUGGGGGAAGAGCCAUUCACCGUUUAUGAGGGAGGAAAAAAUGUGCUAAGCUUACAGCUGGUGGAUGUGGAAGAUGUAGAUACUCCCAGGGAUGACAUCCUGUGUACCAUCCUAAUACAGUCCACUUCUGGGUACCUGGAAAAUAUUUCUCCAGCCCCUGGGUCCGAAAAAUCCAGGGCUGGGACUGCCAUCAGUGCAUUUUCCAUCAAGGAUAUUCGUCUUGGACACAUCAACUAUGUGCAGAGCAUCCAUAAGGGGGUAGAACCUUUGGAAGACAGAUUUACUUUCCACUGCUCUGAUGGUAUCAACUUCUCGCCACACCAGUUCUUUCCCAUUGUUAUUAUCCCGACCAAUGAUGAGAAACCUGAACUGUUUGUACGUGAGUUUGUGGUGCUGGAAGGGAUGAGCUUGGUGAUUGACACUCCUAUUCUUAAUGGUGCUGAUGCUGAUAUUCCUCCAGAUGAGUUGCGUUUCUUCAUAACUGUUCCUCCUAAGCAUGGACAGAUUGUUAAUCAGCUGGCCACUGGCACUGUGUCGGUACGCAAUUUCACUCUGGAAGAAAUCCGGGAGGCAUCCAGCAUUGUGUAUGAACAUGAUGACUCAGAGACUAAAGAGGACACUUUCAAAAUCCAAUUGACUGAUGGCCUGCACACAGUGGAGCAAGAAGUGUUAAUUAUGGUCAUCUUGGUGGAUGAUGAGACACCCAGGAUGUCUAUCAAUGAUGGAUUAGAAGUGGAGAUUGGUGAGUCCGAAGUUAUCACUAAUCAAGACCUCAAGGCCACUGAUAUUGAUUCAGAGGACAAGAUGCUCACUUACAUUAUUCGUUUGUUACCCAGGCAUGGCCUUCUGCAGCGUAUGAGCAAAGAAGGAGAGUUGCUAGGCAAUAUUACCCUGGGCAUGAAUUUCACACAGGAUGACAUAGACCAGGGUUGUAUACGCUAUAUUCACAUUGGCCAGCAGGGAGUCCGUGACUUAGUUAAGUUUGACGUUACUGAUGGCAUAAAUCCUUUGAUAGACAGAUACUUCUACAUUACCAUCAGUGGUAUUGAUAUGGUCUUCCCUGAAGUGAUCAAUAAAGGAGUCACCCUGAAAGAAGGUGGAAAAGUGACACUCACUACUGACCUCCUCAGCACAAGUGACAUUAACAGCCCUGAUGAGCAUCUCAGGUUCAGUAUCACCCGGGCCCCAAGCAGAGGUCACUUGGAGAACUCUGACAGCCCUGGAAUUCCAGUCACUACCUUCACGCAACUCCAGCUAGCUGGAAACAAGAUUUAUUACAUCCAUACUGCAGAGGAUGAGGUGAAGAUGGAUAGCUUUGAGUUUGAAGUGACGGAUGGCUAUAACCCAGUCUUCCGCACUUUCAGGGUCUCCAUUACUGAUGUGGACAAUAAAAAGCCUGUUCUAACAAUCCAUGACCUGACAGUUCAAGAAGGGGAAACCAAACUGAUCACCCCAUUUGAGCUGAACGUAGAUGAUCGAGACACACCUGACCAUUUACUUCGUUUCAUAAUUACCCAAGUCCCUGUCCAUGGCCAGAUAAUUUACAACAACAGCUACUCUGUGUCCAGCUUCACUAAACAAGACUUAAAUGAGAACAUGAUCAACUACAGACAUGAUGGCACAGAAACUAGCCAAGAUAGCUUCUCUUUCACGGUUACUGAUGGGACCCACUUGGACUUCUAUGUUUUUCCUUAUACCAUGCUUGAAACACAUCACCCACAGAUGAUGAAGAUCCAGAUCAAUUCUCUGGACAAUGGUGUGCCACAGAUAGUAGUGAAUAAGGGUGCCCCAACCCUCAGAAGUGUUCCAACUGGUCACCUAGGCUUCUUAAUUACCAGCAAGACCCUGAAGGCAGAAGACAGAGACAGUCCACACAAAGUGCUGAAGUACAAGAUCACAGAAGGACCAAAACAUGGACUUCUCAUUAAUACCGGCCUAGGAAAUGGAAGUGUUAAAGCUUUUACACAAGCUGAUAUUGAUGAUAUGAAGAUCUGUUAUGUCCUGAAGGAAGGUGAAAAUGCUACUAGUGAUAUCUUCUACUUCUCAGUUGAAGACAGUGGAGGAAACAAGUUGAAGAGCCAACCUUUCCGUUUGAACUGGGCUUGGAUUUCUCUGGAAAAGGAGUAUUAUAUUGUAGAUGAAGAUUCCAGGGCUCUGGAGGUAACUCUAAAGCGCAGAGGAUAUCUCGGGGAGACAUCAUUCGUUAGCAUUGGGACUAAAGAUGGCACAGCUGAAAAGGAUAAAGAUUUCAAAGGAAAAGCCCAGAAACAAGUUCAAUUCAACCCAGGACAGACCAUGGCUACCUGGAGAGUAAGAAUAAUAGUAGAUAACGAAUAUGAGGAAUCAGAGGUUUUCCAGAUUAUUUUGUCAGAUCCAGUUAUGGCUGCCCUGGAAUUUCCAGAAAGGGCCACAGUGGAAAUUGUGGAUCCAGGUGAUGAAUCAACUGUGUACAUUCCUGGAUCAGAGUAUAGAAUUGAAGAAGAUGUUGGUGAGCUGCUAAUUCCUGUCAGGAGAUCUGGAGAUGUUAGUAAUGAAUUAAUGGUCAUUUGUUCCACACAUCAAGGAUCUGCCACUGGCACAAUUCCUUCCGCUGUCUUGUCUUACUCUGACUAUAUCUCUCGUCCUGAAGACCAUACCGGCCUCAUUCGCUUUGAUAAGGAUGAGACUGAGAAAACCUGCCGCGUCAUCAUUAUUGAUGAUUCACUUUAUGAGGAAGAUGAAACUUUCAAUGUCACACUAAGUAUGCCAAUGGGCGGACAAAUUGGAACAGAAUUCCCCAGCACCAAAGUAAUCAUUUUAGCUGACACAGAUGAUGAACCGGCUUUUUACUUCGGUGACACAGAAUAUCACACCUCUGAGAGUGCUGGUUAUGUGGAAGUUCGUGUUUGGAGAACUGGAACAGACCUAUCCAAAGCAGCCACUGUCACUGUGCGUUCCAGGAAAACAGAACCAAUAUCUGCAGAAGCUGGAGUUGAUUAUGUUGGCAUCAGCCGAAACCUGGAUUUUGCUCCUGGUGUAAAUAUGCAGACUUUCCGAGUGACCAUCUUGGACGAUCUGGGACAGCCUGUCCUUGAGGGACCUGAAAAGUUUGAACUUGUUCUCCGGAUGCCUAUGAAUGCAGUGCUGGGGGAACCAAGUAAAACUACCAUCUUCAUCAACGAUACCAUCACUGACUUACCCAAAGUCCAAUUCAAGGAACCGCUAUACACAGUGAAUGAAAAAGGUGGCCAACUGACAGCUAUAGUUUACCGUAGUGGUGAUAUUAACCAUAAGUCCACAGUCCGCUGCUACACUCGCCAGGGGUCUGCCCAGGUUAUGAUGGACUACGUGGAGAGACCAAACACAGAUAACUCUGUAGUAGUGUUCCUCCCAGGAGAGAUAGAGAAGCCUUGUGUGGUGGUCCUGAAGGAUGAUCUCUUCUAUGAAGAGGAGGAAGAGUUCAGACUAGUGCUUGGAUCACCAAAAAGCACUUCUACAUUUGGUGCCUCCAUUGGGGAACAAAAAGAAACUUUGGUGAAAAUUAAAGAUGAAGAAGACAAACCAGUGAUAAAAUUCUCUGAAAUCAAAUACAGCAUCCAAGAACCUCAGGAGCCUGGGGAGACUGCAGUUGUCAAGAUCCCUGUCUUACGUCUGGGGGACAGUUCCAAAGUUUCUAUUGUGAGAAUCCAUACUAAGGAUGGUUCAGCUACCUCUGGAGAAGACUAUAAUCCAAUGUCUGAUGAUAUUGAAUUCAAAGAAGGGGAAACAGAGCAUUUUGUGGAGGUUGAAAUUUUGUAUGAUGGGGUGAGAGAAAUGCGUGAAGCAUUUACAGUCCAUUUGAAACCUGAUGAGAAUAUGGUAGCUGAGACUCAGAUGAACAAAGCCAUUGUGUACAUUGAAGAAAUGGACAGUGUGGCAGAUGUGACUUUCCCAGCUGUGCCCCAGGUUGUAUCCCUCCUGCUGUAUGAUGACACUGCUAGAAGCAAAGGGAACCCCCAGCCCCCAACUGGCUACCCUGUUGUGUGUGUAACGGCAUGCAACCCGAAAUAUUCAGACUAUGACAAGACUGGAUCUAUUUGUGCUGCUGAAAACAUCAAUGACACACUGACCUCGUAUCGCUGGCUUAUCAGUGCUCCAAGUGGCACUGAUGGUGUUACCAGCCCCAUGCGUGAAGUGGACUCCAACACUUUCUUCACUAACACCAAGUCAAUUACCUUGGACUCCAUCUAUUUCCAGGCUGGUUCAAGGGUUCAGUGUGCGGCACGGGCAGUCAAUGCCAAUGGAGAUGUGGGUUUGGAAUUGCUGAGCCCAAUUUACACAAUUAACAGGGAAGAAGGUUUGUGUCAACCACGUAUUCCAGGAACAGUAGGAGCAGAGCCUUUCUCAGCCAAAAUACGUUACACGGGUCCUGAUGAUCCUGACUAUCCCAACCUGAUCAAAGUUACAGUUACAAUGCCUCAUAUGGAUGGAAUGCUGCCAGUUAUUUCAACCAGACCGUUGUCCAACUUUGAGCUGACUCUUAGUCCCGAUGGUACUCGUGUUGGCAACCACAAAUGCUCCAACCUCUUGGAUUAUAAUGAGAUCGAGACAAAAUAUGGAUUCAUCACAGACAAUGUCAAGAACCCAGAAGUGAUUGGAGAAACUUCACCCUACCAGUAUAGCAGCACUGUGCGGUCUGCCAGGACCUUGCGUUUUUACCGCAAUCUCAACCUGGAGGCCUGCCUGUGGGAAUUUAACAGCUACUAUGACAUGUCAGAACUGCUGACUGACUGCAGUGGCUCCAUUGGCACAGACGGUCAGGUGUUAAAUCUGGUUCAGUCGUAUGUGACUCUCCGAGUGCCCCUCUAUGUCUCCUACGUCUUCCAUUCGCCGGCUGCUGUCGGGGGCUGGCAGCACUUUGAUCUACAGUCCGAACUGAGGCUCACCUUUGUGUACGAUACCGCCAUCCUCUGGAAGGAUGGCAUCGGAAGCCCGCCAGAAGCAGAACUCCAAGGCUCCCUCUACCCAACCAGCAUGCAAAUCAAUGAUGAAGGGCGGCUGGUGGUCUAUUUCAGGACUGAGAUUCGAUUCAGGGGGCAAUUUGUAAUGUCGCACCCAGGUACUUCUCUGUCAUCCAUGGUGAUGUCGGCUGAUCACCCUGGCCUCACAUUCACACUGAGCCUUUCUCAAAGUGAGCAAACCUUCCACCAGCCUAUGCAGCAAUGGAAAUUUGUCUCCGAUUUUGCUGUACGUGACUAUUCUGGUACUUACACUGUGAAGCUUAUCCCUUGUAUUGCCGCACCCAGCCAGGAAUAUACCCAGCCUGUCAUCUGUAGCCCACGGGAGCCAAUCACCUUUGAUCUAGAUAUCAGGUUCCAGCAGGUCAGUGAUCCAGUAGCAGCUGAAUUUAAUCUGAACACCCAGAUGUUUCUGUUGUCCAAGAAAGACCUGUGGCUAUCUGAUGGCUCCAUGGGAUUUGGAGAAGGAACUGAUGUUGCAUUCACAGAAGGUUCUGAAAUAUAUGGCCGGGUUAUGGUGGAUCCUGUCCAGAAUUUAGGAGAAUCUUUCAUCUGUAACAUUGAGAAGGUGUUUCUGUGCACUGGGGCUGAUGGGUAUGUCCCCAAAUACAAUCCAGAUAACAAAGAAUAUGGUUGCCUAGCUGACUCCUCUUCCUUAUUAUACAGAUUCAAGGUUUUGGAUAAAGCUCAACCGGACACCCAGGCAAAAGUGUUUGGAAAUAUGGCUUUCCAUGCUAAACUAGCAGUGGAUCACAUAGAUGGUUACCCAUUGGUAAAGCAGCCUGGGUCUGAUGGAUUCAGCUUGUUAUCGACUCCACUAUUCCAGGUAGCAGCAGGUCGAGAGUGGUACAUCCACACUAUCUACAUGGUUCGGUCACGUGAGAAUGCCCACAGGGGCCUAGGGAAGAGAAGUGUUGAGUACCACCAUGUUUUAUCUUCAGCUGAUGGAAUCCCUGGUGCCACACAUUUUGGACGCACUCGAAGAGCCAUCUCAGAUACUCCUGCUCUUGCACAAGAUAUCGGUGCAGAUAAGAAUAGAGGCACCAACAUCCAGCAUAUAGCUCUUGACCGUUCUAACAAAAUGAUCAUGAAGCAGAAAGAUCGAUCCCUAGCAGGUAAACCUUAUGAGAAGCCAGUCUUGGAAAUCACUGGAAAUGAUGUGGAAGACAGGAUUGUACCCAUUGUCGGAGGUGCAGCAGGCCUGCUGCUUCUGAUAUGCACUAUUUUGAUAGUUGCUUUCCUUCUGAAGCGAAAAGGACAUUCGACUGAUGGGAAAACAAAUUCAUGCAUCAACUAUUCCAACAGUAAUGAAACUGUUACCACACAGCACAGUGACAGCUCUGAAGUCUAAAUGCAUCGCCGAGGUGAGGGUUAUCCUUUGAAGAUACUUCAUCAUUUUUUUAAAAAAAUAUCCAGUUUUGGUGGGGGCUGUGUUCAUACAGACUUGGAACUGACUGCUGCAGUUUUCAUGCUAGGUUGUGUGUGAUUCCAGCAUAUGAAAAGUGUAGCAAACAAGAUGAAGUGUAUAGAAGUGUGAGUGACUUAUUUAUAACUCCCCCCAUCCCCAGGACAAGCUCCCGGAAUAAAAUGUUCAUUAUACCUAGCAUAUUUUUUACAAAUGGUGCUCAAAAACUCAUCAGCUAGCAGCUAUAAAUGUGCCUUAUCUACAAACAUGAAAGCCUGGUGCUCUUCAAAGGGAUAUUGAUUUCCUUUUCAUUUAAUUUGUAUAGUGUCUAGAGUUAUAUACCCUUCUUGUAUAUGGAAAGGGGGUGGUCGAAAGAAGGGGUCAGAUUUUAACUAGAUAGUGUAGAAGUAAAGUAUCUGUAAUUAAAUCUCCAAGUAGAAUUGUAUUGUCUGUAUGGAUGAAAGAAAUACUGCAUUGGGAAAAUGCUAUGCUUAUUUAAAGUUGGUAUUUCCUGAGUGUUUUAACCUACAGGUAUUAUACGUAUACCUUAUUGCAAGCUCUAAAAGCUGAUGUGUACUUUAUAUUGUAUCAUGAUAAACCUAAAUCAUUGUUAUUAGAUGGUUCUUCCUUUUGUCUGCCUGCCGUUAGUAAAAUGUCCAUUACUCUUAUUUCAAAUAGUUCCCUGUUAAGGGAGCUUGGCAAAUAUUGUAAGAUAUUGUGAAUAACUUUUAAGACAUUUGUUUCCUGUAAUUUGUUCCCAUGCUCACUGGCCAUUCAAUUUGUAAAAAAACAGCUAUUAUCCAUCUAGGCAAUCAGAGCAAACGCAUACAACCACUUCAGUACAGGAACUUCACCACUAAAUACUUGGCAAAAGGCAAUUUUGUAAAGGGUUUUUUCCAAUGUUGUGUUAGUGGUAUGAGGAACCUAAACUGCAUAGGCACUUUUUGCUUGAUUCUCUACUUGUAUGAAAUAGCAGCCAUGUCAUUCAAUGCCCCCACCCCUUUAUGUAUGCAGGAAAACCUAUUUCCUUGAUUUAUCUAUGGAUAAUACAGAAACAAAUUACAGAAAAUUCAUUUAUCUUACAUAGAGUGUUUGUGAAUUUCCUAUCUAUGGCUAUUUCUGCCUAGCACUCUAGAAUGUGUUUUGGAUUCAAACAAGCUCUGCUCACAGAAAGUUCAAAUUACCUGUUUACAGCAGAAUCUUAUGCAUAUUUACUCAGAUGUCAUACUAAUAUCAAUGGGACAUACUCCCUAGUGUGUUUUUAUAUGGCAGCUGUAAUCAAUUAAUUGGUUAUAGAAUAAGCUAUGGAAAGCCUUUUGACCACCCAAAAAGGUGUCCCUGAUUAAUUGGACAGGCAAUUUUAAUUUUUUAAAGUAUUUGUAUAUUAAACAUGGUUUAAUGGGAAUGCCUGGUACAAUAUUAGAAAAAGCAUUUUCCUUCUUUUAUAUUCAGGAAAAUGCCCUUUAAUGGUGCCUGGAACAAGCACAUUGCAAUAUCACAAAGAAACCAAACUAUUAUCUAUGUAUCUGCAAAUACAUAAUAUUUUUUUCUAAAAUGUCCAGAGAACUUCGGCCAUUGGGCAGUAUAAAAAUGCAAUCAAUCAAUCAAUCAGGCAAUUUAAUUGAUUAAAAAUCAGGUUGAUUGAUUUUUAAUUUUAUUUUCAUCAGCUGACACCCCUGAAUACAGUAUUUGUAGAUACUGCAAGUUGGUUUAAAAAUACGUCCCUGGGAAUGGGAAAGGACAGACUGUUUCUCAAGCCGUCAAUUAACAACUUUGCCUCCUGCUUUCCAGAAAGAGGAAUAUUCAGUAUGGUUGGACUAUUGGCCAGUCCACAAGUGCAAGCUCACAACCAUUUUACUAUGGCAGCUACUCUCAUAAAAUUUAGUAAUUUGUAGCCUUGGUCAUUCAUCCAUCUUGUUCAAAUUGUAAUUUAUUUAAAAUAUGUAUACCAGCUAGGAGCCUUCACUCACCCAGGUUUCCACUGUGGUCCAUGUUAAUGAACAGUUUGCCUACCUCCAAGACCCGUGUUGCUUAGGACUGGUUUACAUUACCCUCCUAAAUAAGGUGCAUAUGUAUUUUAAUCCCUGCCUGUUUUGAAAUAGUAAAGGAAACUCUACUAGUGGCAACUACAGGCAUAAAGGCCGGAGGGACUUUGAGGACUGGGUUACCUUGGUUUACACUCACCAAGAUGUGCUUCCAAGUAAACAUGCAUGGAUUGCAUUGGCAGUGAUGUGCAUUUUAAAGAGCGGUAGAGGCUUUUGCUCCUGCCCAAAUGGGGCACUCUUUCCUCCCAUGGUGCCAUAAAACUUAAGGCAAAUUAAUCCACUGAGCCCCACCAACCCAGUCUAUGUAUAGCAGCUGCUGGUGGGAGUCGUCUUCUUUCUGCAGCAUCUAAAGAGGUGGAAAGGGACUAAAAUACAAGCAUUCCUUCGUUACCUCUCCUAGUGUGUGAUCCGCCCUUACUGAAAAGCUGUUUCCUGCAGUUUAUGGAAUUGGAGGCAAGGAGUAAAAUAUACAUUACACCAUUUUAUAUUUCAAUAUACAAGCAAAGCAGGUUCAGCCAAGCACAAGUCAAGCACUGAAAUGUAUCGUUGAACUGUACUAUGCUAUACUGAUUAUGUUCUAUAAUUGUGACCUUGUGCUUUGUGAAAUUGCCAAAACAUUUUUAGACAGUUAUUUUAUAAAAGCGUUUUCUUCCA